AUGCUGCCCUCGGUGAAAGUAGCUCUGCAGUAUGCAAACCAGUGCAGGACCUGUCCCCUUCUCUUACACGGGACUCGGUGCCGCAGUCCUUCAGCUCCGCAGAGAUGACCAUGUCGGAGUCAGCCGCCGGUCCCUUCGCUCCACACCUCUUCUGGGUUGAGUUUGCUCCAAGCCGAAGAUGCUCAGGUUUGAACGGAACACGUUUCUUCUCAAAAAACUGUCUUUUAACGGUUAUUGUCACUUCGACUUCUCCGCACUUUAUUUCAAUUCCGCGGCUUUCACGAGUUGCAACAUCACUUUGUUCAGCCAAGCUAACGUCCAACACAAACAGCAAAAUAUGGAAUAAGCACACGAAUAUUAUAUUUACCCACUUCGCCAUUUCUUUCUUCUAAAUUAAGAAAAAACAAAACAAGCUAGCAAUUUAUAAUUAGCCAACCGUCAAAUUAAUUACACACAGGUGUGCUGAGCUCGCAUGCUCUUGAGAGCUUAAUGCUUGCUUCAAAGACUGCUCAAAACAUUGUUAGUUGAACAACAUACAGAAGAACAUACAGUAUGCUGCGACUUGAAACAAGGAGAUGUUUUAUAAUAUCAUGUAAAAAAUGAAAGAAAACGAUCAUAAAAGCUACAUUGGCAGGUGCAAAUAUUCGGCAACUUUAUUCAGUAUUGUCUACUAAAACGUGUUAUUGAUGCUCGCAAUUAAAUACAUGUUCAAACGUCCCGUUGUAUCGCAAUGAUGAAAAGGUGCUGUCAUCUCCUGAAGGCAUCAUCGUCUGUAGGAACAAUUAUAAGGCGGAACAAGACAUUUUGGCAAGUGGUGCGAUGGGACUGUUAUUGCAGUUACACAAGCAGACUUCCGUGUCAACAGCAGUUAAACUGUUGAACUCCAAUGCAUAACGUUAAAUGUGUAGGCUAUUCGAUUGAGACAAACUACAACAAAUGGAUAAAAAGUUAAUGGCAGCGGAAUCUGAGGAGAUUGACUGGGGAGAGAGUGCAGCGGACGAAGGGAAGAUUAUGAAGAGGACCCAAAGCUUAUCCGAAAGUGUCCACACAGGUCUUCCUUAUCCACUUACAAAUCAUGUGAAAUGUUCUCUGAUGAAAGGAGACUAUCUCUACUUCCAUUAUGGCUGUGAUGGACAAGAUGACAGAGGUUGGGGAUGUGGCUACCGCACUAUUCAGACCAUGGCUUCCUGGAUUUGUAAUAACUGUGUUCCACUUAAGGACAAACACACACCUCCACCAAGCCUCCCUGAAAUCCAGAACGCUUUGGUCACCAUGGGGGACAAACCCGGCUCGUUCUCACCCUCCAGGGAUUGGAUAGGGACAUUCGAAGCCUCCCUGAUUCUUGACUAUUUCUAUGAUGUUCCCUGUAAGUUAGUGCAUGUUAGAGGUGGAGGAGCAGAGCUGGAGCAUGUUGCCGUGGAAGAGCUCCAUCGGCACUUUGAGAAGCAUGGAUCUCCAGUCAUGAUGGGAGGGGACAGGGACAACUCUUCUAAAGGGAUCUUCGGGGUGUGCACUGGGGGCGAUGGGAGCUACCUGCUAGUCGUUGACCCUCACUACUAUGGAUGUCAGCUGGAGAAGAUGGAGCUGCAGAGGCGGGGGUGGGUGGCGUGGAAGAGAGUGUCAUCUCUGGAUCAGUCUUCAUUCUAUAAUCUGUGUAUGCCUCAGACUGCCAACAGAGCAACAUAAACGUACUUCAGACCUAUUUCUGUUUCAGAUUUACACUUGAAUUAUUAUUUUUGAGGGUGGACUCUAAAAAUCGUUUUAUUAGUACAGACUUUGUACUGCAUUUUCAGCAUGUUUGAUUUAAAAUAAGCUGUAGGGACAUCUUUUAGAUGAAAUGAAUAAUUACAACGAAUUUAAAGACCAAACUGCUGAUAGAAAUUGAUACAUUUCUUCAUCAUUGCUCCAUUAAAAUGUAUUAAAUCUGAAUCUUGGAUAAUGUGUCCAUACAUUCAAAAGUAAA